AUGGCAGCCAAAAACAACUCAUUAGCAAUGCCUACUGCUAGUAGUUAUGCCCUUACUGCUACUACAGCAAUGCCUACUAGUAGCAAUGUUACUGCUGCUAAAUCAAUGCAUACUAGUAGCAAUACUGCUACUAAAACAAUGCCUACAAGUUGCAAUACUUCUACUAAAGCAAUGUAUAUUACAAUGCCUAGUAGUAGCAAUACUGCCACUACAGCAAUGCCUACUGGUAGCAACAUUGCCACUACAGCAAUGCCUACUAGUAGCAAUACUGCUACUACAGCAAUGCCUACUAUUUCUUUUAGUAGCAAUGCUGCUACUACAGCAAUGUCCACUACUAGCAGCAAUACUGCUACUACUACAAAGAACGGCUCUAAUUUUUAA